AGCACAUUACCUUUUUACUGCUCUCAUCCCAUACUCCAUUUCUGUGCAACCACAGGGUCCAAAAUGCAGCUAGCAAAAUACCUGCUAUUUUCAUCUAAUUUCUGACGUUCCUCAAUUACUUGUUUACCAUAUUUCCCUGAAACACUCUUCAUUUCGGUUCGCCUUUAUCUUUGAUUUCAUUCCCUUUCAUUUCCAAAAUGAAGAUUUUGGGUGGAGGGUCCCUUCAACUUCUCUUUGCACUCCUGAUUUUACUGCAUAUCCAAACUUCCAUUGGAUUCAAUUCAACAACGCGUGAUGAUGAAAUUAGGUGCAAGGAGAGUGAAAGAAAAGCACUUCUCGCAUUUAAGCAAGGUCUGGUUGAUGAAUAUGGCAAGCUUUCCUCAUGGGGCAGUGAAGAAGAGAAAAAAGAGUGUUGCAAAUGGGAAGGGGUUCAAUGUAGCAACACAACUGGGCACAUCAUUGUGCUUUAUCUAACUAAAGUGAGGGAGGAUGAUGGUUUUUAUCUUAAAUUGAGAGGUAACCUUAGUCCUUCCCUAUUUGAGUUGCAGCAUUUAACUUAUUUAGGCCUCGCUGGAAAUGAUUUCAACUUUAGCCGUGUUCCGAAAUCUAUCAGCUCGCUCAACAAAAUACAAAAACUUGAUCUUCGUGCUUGUAAUUUAAGUGGAUCUCUUCCUAGCCAGCUUCUAAACCUCACAAGUUUGCAAUAUCUUGAUCUUGGCUAUAAUAAUUUCAAUAGUGUCAAAAAUCUUGAAUGGCUCUCUAGUCUUUCUUCUUUGAAACACAUUGAUUUGGGAGGAAACGAGCUGGGAAAGGUAAAUAACUGGCCACAAGUGAUUAAUAAGCUCCCUCAUCUAACUUACCUGUCUCUAAGUGAAUGUAAUCUUCGAGAUGCCAUUCCUCAGUCCAUCCCCAUGAUUAAUACUUCUACUUUUCUCACUAAGCUUGAUCUGAGUAGUAACAAUUUGACUGCGUCUACAUUCCACUGGUUGUUCAAAAUCAGCAAGAACCUUGUUUAUCUUAACUUGUGUAAUAAUCAGUUUCAGGGUUUGAUUCCAGAAAAUCUCGGUCACAUGACUUAUCUGGAAGAGCUAGAUCUCCGUGACAACCAAUUUGAAGGAGGGAUUCCAAAAUCCUUUGGGAACAUGUGUAAAUUAAGGUACCUGUACCUAUAUUUUAACUAUCUUGAUGGUAUGCUUCCUGAACUCAUUGGUAACUUAUUUGGAUGUUUACAACUCUCCUUGGAAGAAUUGAUUUUGGAUAAAAAUAAAAUUACAGGACCCUUGCCUGAUAUGAUAAAAAAUUUCUCCUCACUACGAUGGUUGUCUCUUUCCAACAAUCAACUAAGUGGUAUUGUGUCCAAAAGUAUUGGACUCCUAUCAAACCUUGAGCACAUAGAUAUUUCUUCCAAUUCUUUGAAUGGGACUAUCAGUGAAUCACACUUUUCAACACUAUCUAAGUUACGGUCGUUAAUCUUAUCUUCUAAUCCUUUGACCAUCAAACUUACUGAUGACUGGAUUCCUCCAUUCCAGUUGGAUCAUAUACAACUUCGGUCGUGCAACUUGGGCCCAAAGUUUCCAAGCUGGUUAAAGUCCCAGAGAAAUUUUUCUUAUCUUGAUAUCUCUGGAAGUGAGAUUUCAGAUAGCAUCCCAGAGUGGUUUUGGAACCUAUCUUCUAGAGCAUUUCAUGUGAAUCUUUCUUCCAAUCAUCUGUAUGGAGUUUUGCCAAAUUUGUCAACUACAAAAUUUGCUAAUUCUUUUGGCCUUGGGAUAGAUUUGAGUAAAAAUAAGUUGGAGGGUCUAUUACCUGUAUUCCCUAGUAAUGUCACAUCCAUAAACCUAUCAGAAAAUAGGUUCUUUGGGUCAAUUUCUUCUCUCUGCUCUGUAACUGGUGGGAAACUUGAGUUCCUUGAUGUUUCGCACAAUGAACUAUUUGGAAAGCUUCCAGAUUGCAUGAUGCGAUGGACAAGUCUAGUGAUUCUAAAUUUGGCUGAUAAUCAUUUUUUUGGGAAAAUUCCUAGCUCUAUUGGAUCUUUGUAUCGUCUUGAAUCGUUGGGUUUGCAAAACAACAAUUUCUCUGGAGGAAUACCUUGGUCCCUAGGAAAUUGCAGUGACUUGCAAUUUUUGGGAUUGAAUUACAAUAGCUUCUCUGGAAAAAUACCAACUUGGAUUGGAGAAAGACUAAGUUCACUAAUUUUCCUUCUUCUGAGAUCCAAUAAUUUCAGUGGAGACAUCCCCUUGAAGCUAUGCUGGUUGACAAAUAUUAUGCUACUAGACCUCUCCAACAACAAUCUAUCUGGAAACAUACCAUGGUGCAUCCAGAAUCUAACUACAUUAGCUGAACAGGAGAUUUCUGCCCAUGAUCAUGAUUUUAUAGCAUCACGUACUGGUGCUUAUUCUGGGUACGGAGGAAGCUAUGCUGACAAAGCAUUUGUAAUGUGGAAAGGAAUGGAGCGUGAUUAUGAGAAUGGAAAUCUCAAGACUUUGAAAAUUAUUGAUCUUUCAAGCAACAAAUUAACAGGAAAGAUUCCUGUGCAGAUAUCGAUUCUCUUGGAACUGGUUCAAUUGAACUUAUCAAGAAAUCAGUUAACGGGAUGGAUUCCUCCAAACAUUGGGCAGAUGAGAAAGUUAGAAUCACUUGACUUGUCAUGGAACCAGCUUUCAGGUCAGCUUCCUUGGAGCAUGUCCCAAUUAUAUUUCCUCAGCACCUUGAACCUGUCAUAUAACAACUUUUCUGGGAGAAUCCCAUCGGGACCCCAAUUACAGACAUUUGAUGCUUCUUCAUUUGUCGGUAAUCCUGCACUCUGUGGGCUUCCUCUAACACCAACUUGUCCCGAAGAUGAAAAAUCAGAGAGCAAACCCAAAAACAGAGACAUGGAUGAAUUCUGGAAAUCGUUUAAACCGGGUGGACAUCUUCUCAGUCAGUUAGGGAACCUCACAAGUCUGCAACUUGUUGAUCUUAGACAUAAUUACUUCGACAGUAUCAAAAAUCUUGAGUGGCUUUCCCAUCUUUCUUCUUUGAAAUACCUUGAUAUGAGUACAAUCGACCUUAGUAAGGUUAAUAACUGGCAGCAGGCUGUUAAGAAGCCCCCUCAUCUAACCAACCUGCAGCAAGAUCUCUGUAAUCUUCUAGAUGUUGUUCCCCAGUCCUUCGCCAGGGUUAAAAGUUUUACAUCCCCUGCUGUCCUUGACCUAAGCAGUAAUAAUUUGACUGCGUUCCCAUUCCAGUGGCUUUUCAAUUUCAACUUUAGCCAUAGCUUAGUCUAACUCAUGGUAGGUAGAAAUGUGUUUCAAGGUCCGAUUUCAGAAACUUUCGGUCACAUGACGUCUUUGGAAUAUUUAUAUCUCAAGGAAAAUUAAUUUGAAGGAAGGAUUCCAAAAUCCUUUGGAAACAUGUGCAAAUUAAGGCUUUUACCCUUGUCUGGUGACCAUCUGGGACUGGGAGGAAUGCUUCAUGGACUCAUAGGAAACUUCUCUGGAUGUCUGCAGCUAUCUUUGGAAGAUUUGGCUUUAGAUAAUGGUGGAAUUGGGGGAUUCCUAUCUGAUCGGAUAACAAACUUCUCAUUGUUGAGAGAGUUGUCCCUUGGAAGUGAUAAUGUGAGUGGGGCUGUGACCAAAAAUAUCAGACUCCUUUCAAAUCUUGUGUCGUUUGAACUUUCUUUCAAUUCUUUUGAUGGGUAAUCACUGCAGAACACUUCUCAACACAAUUUGAGUUAGGGACUUUGGACCUGACUUCUAAUCCCUUCUUGACCAUCAACUUUAGUCAUAACUGGAUUCCUCCAUUCCAGCUGGGUUACAUAAAUCUUGGGCUAUGCAAGUUGGGCCCUGAUUUUCCAAGUUUGUUACAGGCCCAAAGAAACUAUUGGUUUCUUAAUAUCUCUACAGGUGGAAUUUCAUGUAGCAUCCCCAUCUGGUUUUGGAAUAUAACUACUUCUAAUUG